AUGACGGGCCCAUCUCAGAGCGGAUCUUGUCGAUCCUGUCAGCAGCAUGAGGGGGAAAUCACGGACCCGACGGCUGUGCCCUGGUGUAUCGAGUUCCGCUCCUCGAAGGCGUUUGUCACUUGGGUUGUGGCGAUUGCUGUCUUUACGGACGUCUUUAUAUAUGGCAUGAUCAUUCCCAUUCUCCCAGAGGUGCUCCAGACUCGGGUUUCUAUACCAGAGGACGAAUUACAAAAAUGGAUGUCUAUCCUCCUCGCAGCCUUCGGAGGCGCUAUAUUCGUUGGCUCCCCAAUAUUCGGCUACUUCGCCGAUAAGAGCUCCUCGCGCCAGGCGCCCUUCCUGAUCGGUUUAUUUGCGCUGGCUGCGUCGACAGUGAUGUUCUGGUUUGCGCGUACAGUAUCCGCACUGGUAAUUGCGCGCAUAUUCCAGGGUCUCUCUUGUGCGGUUGUUUGGACGGUUGGCAUGGCGCUUAUUGUUGAUACAAUGGGAAAGGAUCAAGUUGGGGCGGCGAUGGGGAUUGUUUCAAUGGCUAUGACUGUCGGGACGGUUGUUGGCCCCUUUGUUGGGGGCAUUGUCUUGUCGAAGGCGGGAUACCAUGCUGUGUUUGCGAUGGCGAUUGCGCUGAUUGUUGUGGAUAUCGUGUUGAGGUUGGUUAUGAUUGAACGAAAGAGUGCGGCGAAGUGGAUCGAUGUGCAAUCUGAAGCUGCAGAGACAAGGGCAGAGACAGAGACAGAGCGACUAAUAGCUCCCGCUACGGAGGACUGCUCUUCGUACGGGGUCGAGUCUGAGCAUAGUUCACGGCAGCAGUCAAACGGAAAGGCCACAGGGGAGGAACAUCCCAACCCCAGCAGGCGUUCAAUACCAGGUAUCGUGCGCUUGAUGGGUUCACUUACAAUCCUAGUUGUGCUCCAGGCCACUCUCGUUGAAGCCAUGACAUACUCCUCUUUUGACUCAGUUCUCCCUCUCUACGUAAGAUCCACAUUCAACAUGGACCCUAUGGGCAUAGGCCUGUGCUUCAUCCCGCUCUUCAUCCCCUCCUUCUUCUCAACCAUAAUUGGCUCUGCAGUCGACCAUUACGGCAGUCGCCGAAUCGCCUGGAUGGGAUUCAUUCUCGACGUCCCAGCCCUCUUACUCCUGCAAGUAGUGACCGAAAACACGACGCGGGAUCAAAUCAUUCUUUACGUGCUCCUGUUCGUUUCAGGCUUCGCGGCGGCUCUGAAAACCGUCUCCCUGAUGGUCGAGAUCAGCCAUGCUGUUGAGGAGAAGGAAAAGAAGUGUCCUGGGAUUUUUGGGGAUACGGGAGGUACAGCGCAGGCGUAUGGCCUGUUUAAUGUGGCUUGGUCGGGCGGGCAGGUGCUGGGGCCGCUGGUGUCCGGGGGGUUGGUGGAUUGGGUUGGGUGGAAGUAUAUGGUGAGUACGUUGGCGGUGGUUAGUGGAGUGACGGCGGUGGUUUUGGUUGCCACGGCGAAGGGAGUGAGAAGGUAG